AUGAACUUCAUUCCGAAUGCAUUAAUGCAGGUGGGGAGGAUGAAAAGGCUUGAAAAUUGCAAACCCCUCGAGAUUACCUUCACAGGACUCAUAACGGCUUCGCUGAACGGUGGUCAUGUUGAUGAUUGCAUGGCUAUAUUCCAAUAUAUGAAAGAUAGAUGCGACCCGAAUAUAGGAACCGUGAACACGAUGCUUAGAGUUUACGGAAGGAACGAUAUGUUUUCAGAAGCUAAAGCAUUGUUCGAAGAGAUUGUCAGAGAAAAAGAAACUCAUCUGGUCCCAGACGAGUAUACAUACAGGUUCAUGCUCGAAGCUUCAGCUAGAUCACUCCAAUGGGAAUACUUUGAGCACGUGUAUCAGACAAUGAUUCUCUCCGGGUAUCAAAUUGAUCAAACAAAACACGCUCCAAUGCUUAUAGAAGCAUCAAGAGCUGGGAAGUGGAGUCUUCUAGAGCACGCCUUCGAUGCAAUUCUUGAAGAUGGAGAAAUCCCUCACCCUUUGUUCUUCACCGAAAUGUUGUGUCAUGCGACAGCUAAAGGCGAUUACCAAAGAGCAAUCACACUGAUCAACACCGUGGCUCUCGCUUCGUUUCAGAUCAGUGAAGAACAGUGGACUGAUCUUUUCGAGGAGAAUCAAGACCGGCUUACUCUGGAGAAUCUGCAGAAGCUCUCUGAUUAUAUCCUUGACUGUGACUAUGCAAGUGAACCAACGGUCUCAAACCUCUCAAAGUCAUUGAAGUCUCUAUGUGGGUCUUCUUCUUCAACAGAGCCAUUAUUAGCCAUUGAUGUAACAACUCAUAGUCACAGCGAGAAACCGGAUGAAGAUUUGCUUCUUCACGAUACAACAAUGGAAGAUGACAAAGAUGCCAAUGGUGAAGCUUGGGAGUUUACGGAGACUGAACUCGAGACGUUGGGUCUAGAAGAACUCGAGAUUGAUGAUGAUGAAGAAUCUAGCGAAUAUGAUUCACUUUCAGUUUAUGACAUUCUGAAAGAAUGGGAAGAGAGUAGUAGCAAAGAGACUUGA